AAACCGUUCCAUUUUUCGUCUCACCCGAAGCGCAAAAAUCGCUAUCAAGUUUUGUUAUUCGGGUUGGGAGUACAAGGAGCUGGCGGACCGAUGACCCUUCCAAUAGUCGAGGAUGUCUUGUUUAAAGCCUUUGUAAAGGCAAGGCUCGUUGACGAAACUGGCGCUUGGAUAGUUGUGGAGAAACGUGGAAGGACAGAUCGAGGAGUUCAAGUUAACGCUGCUGGCCAGGCAGUUUCGUUAUGGGUUCGAAGUGCUCUACCCGAACAUCUUCCAAAGACAUCAUUAUCAUCGUCCGAGGAGGAACUAUCUACGGAGAACGUCCCCCGAACACCUAACACCAGCCGUCCACGAAACACGAGCUCCUACUAA